CAGACUAUCUGGACCCACCCUGGCUCCAGCCCCGUAGAUAGAACUUUCCCUACGGACCCAGCAUUGGCAACAGAUUUCCCUGAAGCAGAGCCUCAAGAAAGAUCCCAGCGACCGCACCCCCUCACUGUGCCGCGGCCUCAGCAGCUGCUCCACAAUCGGGGUCUCCUUCCCUCUCCUCCCCUCCCUAGGGGGCAAAGGCGGGAGGGGUCCAGAAUCAGAAUGGAAAAGCGACCAUCUGUUUGCAAGGAGAGGCUCGGACAGGGCCGCGUGGUCACCCCUACGUCAUUCAAUGCAGGGGGACAGGUUGUUUUAGGUAGGAAGGGGACUUUGGUUAGGUGUCUUCCGGUCUCCGCCCUCUGCUCAUGAAUAUGCAGUUUGUCCCUGCAAGGGCUCCUAUAUCUGCCUUUCACACAAAAGGAAGGGAAUCUCUUAUUUUCUCCCCUCCUAUCCCCUGGUUUCUCCACCCACACCCGUGUCUGCCUGCUUUCUAGUGUACAUUGCAGUUCUUCUGUGUGUGUGUCCGCGCGCCCGCGCGAUUGUGUGUGUGUGUGUGUGUGUGUGUGUGUGUGUGAGAGAGAGAGAGAGAGAGAGAGAGAGAGAGAGAGAGAGAGAGAGAGAGAGAGAGAGAGAGAGAGAGAGAGAGAGAGAGAUGGAGAUGCACUGACUGCUAGCAGAAUUAUUUUCAGGUGUUUUUUCUGUUAAACCCUCCCAAAUCGCUCCUGCUCCCACCAGCAGGGAAAAGGGAGAAAUACUUCAGUCAUGAUUUAUGAAUGAAUGUGCCUCCCUCUGCCAAGGGAUAUUGUCUCUGGUUUCGGAGAGGGAGAGGCAGGAGACCAACAAAGGGACGGAAGAAAGGCUGUAGCCUCCUAUGCCUUGGAGGAAAGAAUCCGAAAUCAAGAUUGAUUGAGGAGAUAGCCGACUGACUCGGACUUCCACCCACUCCCUUGUACCUGGAGUCAUUCUGCAUGGUCAUCACAAAGAUGUCAUGGCACCCUCAGUAUCGAAGUUCAAAGUUCCGCCAUGUCUUUGGCAAACCUGCCAGCAAAGAGAACUGUUAUGACUGUGUGCCCAUCACCAGGAGUGUCCAUGACAACCACUUCUGUGCUGUUAACCCCCACUUCAUCGCCGUCGUGACAGAAUGUGCUGGAGGGGGCGCCUUCCUCGUCAUUCCAUUACAUCAGACAGGAAAGCUUGAUCCACAUUACCCAAAGGUCUGUGGCCACAAAGGCAAUGUUUUGGACAUCAAGUGGAACCCUUUUGAUGAUUUUGUAAUAGCCUCCUGUUCUGAAGAUGCCACGAUUAAGAUAUGGGAUAUUCCGAAACAAUUGCUAUCAAGAAACAUCACUCUCUCCAAGAAGGAGCUACUUGGUCAUGGGAGGAGAGUUGGACUCCUGGAAUGGCACCCAACUGCUGCUAAUAUUCUUUUUAGCACUGGUUAUGAUUAUAAGUUAAUGAUAUGGAACCUUGACACAAAAGAGCCUGUAAUUCUGAACCCAGUGAAGACAAUUGACUUUCACCAAGACGUGAUCCUCUCCAUGUCAUUCAACACAGAUGGCAGCCUGCUCGCAACCACCUGCAAGGACAGAAAGAUAAGGAUUAUUGACCCUCGUGCAGGAACAGUCUUACAGGAAGCAAAUUACAAGUCUCACAGAGCCAACAAAGUGCUAUUUCUAGGAAACAUGAAAAAGCUGCUGUCCACUGGAACAUCCAGAUGGAACAACAGGCAAAUUGCACUAUGGAAUGAGGAUGACCUUUCUGUGCCUUUAAUUGAAGAGGACCUAGAUGGCUCUUCUGGUGUGUUGUUCCCCUUUUUUGAUUCAGACACCAAGAUGCUCUAUGUGGUGGGCAAGGGUGAUGGGAAUAUUCGAUACUAUGAAAUUAGUGCAGAAAAACCAUACUUGAACUAUCUUACAGAAUAUCGUUCCUACCUCCCUCAAAAGGGAAUCGGAAUCAUGCCAAAGAGGGGUCUGGAUGUAUCUUCUUGUGAAAUAUUCAGAUUCUACAAAUUGAUAACGACCAAAGGUCUCAUCGAGCCUAUAUCAAUGAUUGUUCCUCGACGGUCAGAAUCCUACCAAGAAGACAUCUACCCUUUGACAGCUGGAUCCCAGUCAGCUCUGACAGCACGAGAAUGGCUGAGUGGAAUGAAUAAAGGGCCAAUACUGGUAUCUCUGAGACCAGGGUCUGAACUUGUAAACUCUCAACCACAGUUUCCUGAAAGGACAAUAUCCAAUUCUAGGCCUCUAGAAUCAAAUAGGUAUCUGGACAGGAUAGAAAGGAAAAUGACAUUUGAAGAUGCCAAGAAACCACAUAAGUUCCAGGAUGAGAAACGACCAAGACAAGGAAUGGAUCAAGUACAAGAAGACAGGAAACCUUGGCUUUCAAAUGGCUUUGAUCUCUUUGAAUGUCCUCCACCAAAAACAGAAAAUGAGCUGCUGCAAAUGUUCUAUCGACAACAGGAAGAAAUUCGGAGACUUCGAGAAUUAGUAAAUCAGAGAGAAGUCCAAAUCAAACAGUUGGAACUUGAGAUCAAAAAUGUCCACAUGAAUUCAGGCACUUACUGAGAGGGAGCAAAAGAAACUGUUUUCCUGACUCUCAGAACCCAGAGCAACUCCCAGACAAAUAUUAACACCAAACUAGAAAUCUUAUAAAAAUAACUACUGUUUUUAUAUUUUUGUGGGAAAACAAAAAUUUAAUUCAUUGAAAAAUACCAGUGGUCAAUAGUGCCCAAUUUUAUACUUGCCUUCUUAUCAUAGAGGUUUUUGAAUCAAAUUAUUUUAAAUAAUACUUUGGCCUUCAGUUCAUUAUCUUUCUCUUUUUAAAAAUAAUCUAUAAAAGCAAAGACAAAAAGCACUACAGCAUCUCAAGAGGAAAAAGUCUAGUAGUAGCCUGGGCUACUACUAGCAUAUCACUAUAUACAAAUAAAAGAAGGAUCUCCUCAAUCCUUCUUACAGGGAGUCCUUCUGCUGAUAAAGACCAUAGCCCUUAGUGGAAAAUUCCUAGGGAGUUUCCUGAGAAGGCUGUGGUUAAAUGACUUGCCCAGGGUCAUACAGCUCCUGACUCCAAGCCUAGCACUCAAUCCAUUUUAUCAGACUACCCCUAUAUAGUGAAAAGAUAGAUUUAAUUAUUUUUUUUUCCUUCUGGAAAUAAGAGAACUGGUCAAAUGCCUGAGAUUUUUCCUAGAAAUAGAAGAGAUAAAUUACCAGAUGGAUGAUUCAAGUUCUAGUUCUGGUCCCAGAAUGCAAAUAGUCAAAUCUAAACUGUUCUUCUUUUAAUAUAUAUGUAUAUAUAUAUAUGUUAAAAGACUAUAAAUCUCUUUUGUACAAUAGCCCAGCAACACAUAAGAAUUAUUAGGAGUAAAAAAAACCUCUUAACCUAAUAGGUCAAAGAUGGCAAUUUAUUCAUUAUUGCAGGGCUACUGUUACUCUCUGGAAACCUAGGUUUAUGGAUUAUGAUGGAGAAUCUCUAUAGUUAAUCCUCAUAGGUAUUCUAUAAGCCAUUGCAAAAAUAAGAUAUAAUUGAAAGGAUUCAAACAAGUUGUGAGCGUCAAGACUGCCAUGAAGCAUUCAUUGCUGCUCACAUCUUUCCCACUGCUUCACUCUGGGCAACCAAGGACAUUCAGUAGUUAUUUAAUGCCUUAUCUGGUUAUUUUAAAUUGGCGUGUCCCCCACAUCCUGAGAGGCCGGGGCUCACCAUGUCUGUCUUUUCACUAGGCAUGCUUUUCUCACCUGAGCAGCAAGCACUCUGUCCUGUAAAUACUUUAAAAUGUUGGAUCUUAUUUUUAUACGAGCAUUGUCUGCAAAACAUGCCUUACUGCACUGAGGGAAAGGAUGAAUCAUAGUUGAUUACUGGAGAAGCAGAAAUCCAUGGUAUACUAUGUUUUAAACAUGUCAACUACUAGCUUCUCAAGCAAAACUUAUAUAUCAGUGACCAAAAAUUUCAUGUUUAAAAAAAUAGUAUGUGACUUCUUUAAGGUAGACAGAAAGCUUUUUUUUUUUCAUUUUUUUAUUACUAGAAUAAAUUAUUUAAAUUAUUUGACAGUUAGGGAAAGGGACAGGUAAUUUUUACCCAAUAUUUUUUUAACCAGUCUUUUUUUAAUUGUAUUUUUGUUUAUGUAUGUGACCUAAUAAAGCUCAAAUUAGUUCUAUCUACAGUGGUCAGCCAAUUAGUAGAGUGUUCACUGAUUUAUGUACUUGAAACAAUAAUAGUUGUUUUGAUUGUUUACUGAUUUAUCAUUCCAUAAACAAAACUACUAAAUCAGCACCUAAGUAUGAUCUUUGGGAGAAUACCUCUGUAUAAAUGUUUAAUUCUGAACUUGUUUCUUCCUCCCCUCCCCUGUGAGCAUACUUUGAAUUUGUUCAUCAAUGUAUUUCACAGGAAAUCAAAUGACAAAAAUUGGUUUAUGCUUUAUUAAACUGUGCCUAAAACUA